AUGUCGCAUCAAGAUUCCAAUUCGACCCAUCGUUCAGCUGAAAAAGAACCAGUUCCCUCUCGAGCUGAUGAAGUCUCUAAUCUACUUAAUGCUGUACAAGAUCUUCUUAUCCCAUUCAUACGUUCAGCAGACGAAGAUGCAUCUACCAAAAAGACCGGUCAUGGUCUUUCGGUCCAAGGAGGGGGCCCACGCACUGCCCUCGUAGAACACCACAAACCUCACAAGCUAUCCCAACUCAUGGAUCUAAACUUACCUCAGACCGGCCUGGCCCAAGCAGGCUUCCUUGAACAGGUGGAGCAAAUCCUGCAAUACUCAGUCAACACGUGGGACCGCGGCUUCAUGAGCAAACUAUACGCCUCAACGGACGCCCCGGGCCUCGCCGCCGAGCUGAUCCUGGCGACCCUUAAUACCAACGUCCACACGUACGAAGUAUCGCCCGCCCUCACCAUGAUCGAAAAACACACGACCCGUGCACUCGCCAACCUCUUCGGCCUCAACGGACCCCACGCCGGCGGCGUUUCCGUGCAAGGGGGCUCCAUGUCCAACGCCACAUCCAUAGUGAUCGCCCGCAACACCCUCCACCCCGACACCAAAACCCACGGCAACACCGCGAACGAUCUGAAACUCGUCCUCUUCACCUCCGCCCACGGCCACUACAGCGUCGAAAAGGCCGCCCAGACGCUCGGCCUCGGCGCCUCGUCCGUCCGCGCCGUCCCCGUGGACCCGCACACCGGCCGCAUGGACCCCUCCGCCCUCUCCGCCCUCGUCGCCGCGGCGAAGGAGCAGGGCCAGACGCCCUUCUACCUCAACGCCACGGCCGGCACGACCGUCCUCGGCUCCUACGACCCCAUCGGCCCCCUCGCCGCCGUCUGCCGGGAGCACGGCCUCUGGCUGCACGUCGACGCCUCCUGGGGCGGCCCCGCCGUCCUCUCCCCCGCCCACGCGCCCAAGCUCGCCGGCAGCCACCUCGCCGACUCCAUCGCCGUGAACCCGCACAAGAUGAUGGGCGUCCCCCUCACCUGCUCCUUCCUCCUCGGCGCCGACCUGCGCCGCUUCCACGCCAGCAACACCCUCCCGGCCAGCUACCUCUUCCACCACGACGACGACGACGACCACGCCUCGGAGCCCUCCUCCUCCUCCUCCUCCUCCGACCUCCACUACUACGACCUGGCGGACCUGACGCUCCAGUGCGGCCGCCGCGGCGACAGCCUCAAGCUGUACCUCAGCUGGAUCUACCACGGCAGCGACGGCUACGCGCAACAGAUCGACGCCGCCUUCGCCACGGCCGCUCACCUGGCCCGUCUGGUGGCGUCGCACCCGGACCUGGUCUCCGUGGGCGAGAACCCGCCGCCGUGCUGCCAGGGUCACGAAGGAAGUGGUGCGGGGGCUCGUUCCGAGGGGUUUCAUGAUUGA